UCCUCCCUCUAUCGUGAAACACAUCCACUUAAUCGUAAAACAAGUUUUCCAAGCUCACAGUCAAAAAAACAAAUUUUCACUCUCAAUCAAAAAGCAACCGAACCUCUCACCGUCGCUGCUCAAUCUCUCUCUCCCUCCGGUGAGUUUUCUCUCUCACCGUUGCUGCUCAAGCUUUCUCUCCGGUGAGUUCUCUCUCUCACCGUCGCUGCUCAAGCUCACCGUUGCUGCUCAAUCAGAACCUCUCACCGUCGCUGCUCAUCCUCUCUCUCCGAGAUGGAAGGAAGGACACUGGCAGUUAAUAAUUAUUUGUCCCAAGGACAAUAGUUUAGUUGUCCUUUGUUCAAUGCACCGAGAUCUUAAUGAAGGAAUGAUUAAGAUUGUUUCAAAAGCUUUAGAGGUUCAUCAACUUUGUCAGGGCAAUAGAAAGAAGGCUAAAUGGUUUCGUCCCAAACCAAGAAAGCAACCUAAUGGCAAUGAUUGUGGAUACUAUGUGAUGAAGAAUAUGCUAGAUAUCAUCUCUGCUAAUAUUACUAAGUCUUGGAUGGAGGUAUUCAAUGAUCCAACGGCAUUAACUGAAGAUGACUUAUAUGAUUUGCGAAACCAAUGGGCAACUUGUUUUCUUGACUUGUAUAACACGUAGGAUUUACAUGAUGAAAAUUGAUUAUGAUGUGGCUGAGAUGAGACAUUGUCGGUGCUUACGUCUGAGAUGAAAUGAGAUGCUUUUUGCAGCUGAAGCUUAGCAUAUUUACAAUGAUGAUUUUGCUGUGGAUUUUUUUUUUUAUUUGAAAUUUCUGCCUAAAGUUGUUUUAUUGGAUUAUUUCUAGCUAUAUUGUAUUCAUAUCCCUCUUUUAUAGAUUGGAAUAUUGGCGUGGAAAAUAGAGGAUUGAUUAUGUAAUAUCCAAUUAUAUAAU